AGAGCGGACUCGGCUGAAUUCGGCGCGCGGAACCGAGACAGCGCGACUGCGACUCCGAUUGUGACUUCGUUGAUCUUAGAAAAAAAAAAAAAUAGAAUCGCGCUGCUAUAUCCUCGUUCUACGAAACGUGAUUUGUCGCAAAAGAAAAGAAAAAAAUACGAAGUGCGUUUUGCAUGCGUCGCAAUGUUGGCACUAUUUGUUGCUUCGACGCGGCGAUCGUCGCCGGUCGCUUCUUAUUGAUUUCCUCGCCCCUCGUACAUGUACAUCCCCAACACGCGUAAACAAUCACAGAGCAUCAUGUACUGAUGCGAUUUAACAGAAAUGGCAGACGCAGAUCCACAAUUCAAACGUCUUUUAUUGCCAGCAGAGGAAACUCUGUUCGAGCAAUUGUUGAGAUUUGGCCUUUAUGUCGGAGCGGUAUUCCAAAUUAUAUGCUUGUUGUCCAUAGUGGUAUAUCAAGCAGGUCCAUCCGAUGGUGUGGCAGCUUUGAAGGAUGAUCCAAGCGAUGUAGAAUGUUCUGAAAAUAGUCCUCAAGUAACACCGAGGAGACCUCACCGGCCACGCAAGCAAGAGAAGAAGAAGAGACGUUAAGCUAUUUUCUGUGUAACGAUAAAAUUUUAUAUUCUCUAAUUUCUCUACUCUUUUACAUUUGUAUACUUACAUUUUAUGACUAUUUGAAGACUGGUCUUUCGCUCCAAAGAAUAAUUCCUUCCUUGUUAUAUAUCUGAAAUGUAUAUGUAAGUUAGUUGAAAGAAGACAUUUUAUAAUAUAAAUCUCUUAAAUAUA